CAUGGAUGCAGACAUGCCACUCGCUCCGACGCCAACCAUUCGCUCGACWAUCCACGUGCCACGCCAAGUGGCAGCACCAGUUGCGGCAGCCCCAUCUGCGGCUGGCCCAGUCGCAGCUCCCCGAACCACCACAUCCACGGGUCCUCGUAGUGGAACGCGAGCACUACCGUCAACGCGGCGGCACCAGAAUGGGACGUCGACSCGACGCCCGCAACAAACGCCCCGUCCGCGCCGCACCUCAGGCCUAAGUACCGUUGUAGCCACGCUCCAGCAAUUGCAACGAUUUCUAGGCUGAAAUAUUCGCCUAGGGGGGCCGGGAUGGCCAAAUGAGCUUCAUUCUCCUGCCCACACAACAUAACCAACACCGAACACCUAACCACAGCAAUAAUCCCGCAUCCAGAAYACUCUACACUCACCGCAUUAAAACAUACGUCACUAGCACGCUUCAUUCACCACACUCAUCUCUACACCACCUACAAUCUACAUCACACAU